AUGGAUGAGUGUCCUUAUAAUCUGGGUAACAGGUGGUAUUUCAAGUCUACUGGAAACGAAUACGAUGGACCAAUGACGACUGAGGCUGUAAUUUACCACUAUUGGCAAUCUGGGAAAGAUCAUAAUCUACAUCGUCAGCGGUCACUUUAGGUGUACUUUGAAAAUAUCCCACAAGGCGCGGUUAAAGUGGAAUUUUGGGUAAGACAGUGUAGUGGCGAAACCCUGGGUGACGUUCUCACCGAGAGGAAAUCAGCGUCUGGGAUAACGAUUGAAGAAGUAUCUAGGCCCCAGUCCUAAUAAGGGAGUCUCAAUUACUCUUUGGCGCUGUUUCACUAACUUUCCUACGAAGAACAUAUAGAAAUAUAGAAAAUGUAACAUGUGAAUUAUUGGAAUUAUUUGCCUUAAGUUGGAGAAAUGGAAGCUGAAUAUCUUGCAUUCUUAUAAAAAUCGCCCACUUAUUUACGAAAGAGCUAGAGUUUGUAAACGUGGUCAUAUUCUCUUGGUGAUUCCAAAAAUUGCUCCAAUUAUCUUGCAGCAGAUUCUUAAUAUCUAUCUGGUUUAGGCCAGUUUUUAUCUCUUUAUUUUUCGUUCAAGCGAUUCGAGAUCGUUCCUACAAAUCAUGACGUGAACAAAAGGGUUAAAGCCCUCUUCUUACAAUUUAAAGCAAGGUUUCUUCAACAACGAAAACUUCCUCUGCAGUAGUUGCUUUACUCUUUAAGUCCCAAGAGAGUCGACCAAAGUCAAUUUUCUCUUAACAGAGUCAAUACCUAAUCAACAGAAAAUGCUGUGAAAAUUAAUGAAAUGAUCACCUGAUAGACAGAGCUUUGAUCUACAAAUAAAUUAUCUUAACCAAUUCUUGAAGGAAAUUUAUGAAGAUCAGUGUGGAUAAUUUGUAUUUGAAUAAAGUUGGGACUUAAAGGGUUCAAGGGGACAUGUCACGAGGAUAUCGUUGUUUUAAGUCAAUUCUGUGCGAAAGUCAUAAACUUAGUGCCAUUUAACCCAUACACAAAAUGAUCCGUUAGAGUUAUGAAGGAGAUCUCAAACAAAUUUCGCAAGGAGCAAAGAGCAUGAUAAUAACAUUUUUGGUGAUUUCAGUAGGUAGAGCAUUAGUUGUAACCAAUUUGCAGCAAGUAUAAAUAGCAAAAUGUAGGGUCAAUGUCUACUAAAACUUGCUGCAACAAAGAUGUUGCUUUUUUUAGCGGCGUUCUUAAGACGAGGCAAAGACUGAUCUUACAAUUUAGAUCUAGAGUUGUCUUUAAAAUUGAAAAAUGGGAAAAAUGAGGUCCUAAUGCUAAAAGUCACUAGCCUAAAUUACACUUAAUCGGACAUGCGUUUCCAUAGUCUAUGUAACUGUGACGACAGGCUAUAACGAUAACCCUAAACAUGGUAAAUGCUGCUUAAUACAUCAAAAUUAGAGAUAAUUAACUCUUCCUCAGGAAGACCAUAUUUCGGCUCUAUGUAUGCGUACACAAAAGCAUUUUCUAUUAAGGGCCCUUCGCUUUAGCUUAUUCCUUUGGGUGCGAGCGAUUCAGAAUAAAAUACCCAUUUGUAUACGUAACAUGACCUGGUAUGAUCCUAGGAACCACGUUUACAAGUCACAGCACAAAGUUUGUGGCUGCCUGAAAGAUCAGAGAAACUGCAUAUAAAGGAAAAAGGAAAUAAAAGUCAUCAUCACUAUCAAGUUUUUCACGUGCACCGUGGCUCCAUUGAUCAGAACCUUUCACCGAGCAUGACCAAAGAAACUUAUGAUUGACUUUUUUUUUUUUGUAAACAGCCACCACGCCUCGACAGCCUUAUCACAGCAAAAGAGGAAGGAGAUGCUUAGCUUCCGCAAAAUCCAACACAUACACGAACAAUGGCUUUCUAGUUUGUCUUAAGGGGUUAUCUUAAAACUAAACCAAUCAGUUCAGUUUCAUGCAUGACGAUACGUGCCGGUAUAAGAUAAUUAAGGGAAGUAGACAAACAAACACUUGCUAAAGAAAUUAAGGACGUUUUUAGCUGCAGCAGACCUAACGCUGACUAACUUGAACUUAACGCAAUUUUUUUUCCAACGCCUAAAAGUUUUUGGCGUGCUGGAAAGGAAAUGAAAAGGCUGCUGUUAUAAGGAACACAAAGCGACAGCAAGCAUAACUAAGGAAACAUGUUUGCUCUUGCAAAAAAAAAAUAAUCUGUCAUUGUGUUUGGAAUGUUCAUCUUUUUUACCCUGUUUCAGUGCUCCUUGCACGUAGGCAUAUAAACUAUAAACAAUUUGCAAAAUAAUUACCAUAUAUGGAAUAGGAAACAAGCAAGACCAAGCAAACAAUGUACAGGAACAGAAGAUUGACCGUCAAAUAUUCAGCAGUAUUUGAAUGAUGUGCACGUAGCACUGAUUUCAGUAAUCGCAGCGUUCUUGUUCAGCUCUCAUCAUGGUUCAAUAUUUUGCUGUUUUGUUGAUUCUCUGUAUUCCUGGCGGUUCACUGGGAACAACCACCUCAUGAUCACCUCAGCAACAAACACCGCAAAGUUAAAAGAUUUAUGCGAGGUAAGAAAUACAUGAAGAUAAAAACCAUAUAUUUUACUACUUUAUCAUCGACAUAAAAGUCCUUUUUCGACAUGAUCUUUCAUCCACGAAGAACCUGAAGUCCGACGUUAACUGUUAAGCUUCUUUCAUUCUAAUCUUUUUUCUUUAGCUCAUACUGACAAUUGGUUAUUUUAUUGUUCCUUGCUUGUCCUAUUACAUAACUAAAGGAGUCAUGGUAUUUAAACGUUCCGUUUCAAGUUUUCAAUUUUCAGUUUUUUUCGUCUCUACAUUAAACUACUAAAUCAUCUUUACUUUCAGCGGUCUAUAGUGGGUUUACCAGGCAUCCCAGGAUCCAAUGGCAUGCCGGGAAUGCCAGGCGUUCCUACUAAGGGAGAUAUUGGUGAUAAAUUAUCACAAGGAAUGUCGGGUCCCAGGGGAAAGAGAGGGCCCGAAGGGCCGCCUGGGAAGAAUGGACCACCAGGAAUUAUGGGAAUAAGGGUGAACUGGGACUUGUGGGAAUGAAAGGGGAGCGAGGCAUUGUGGGAGAUCAAGGAAGAAAAGGAGACAAAGGAGGGAAAGGAGAAAGCGCCAAGCAAGACAAGCAAGUGCAGUACCACAAACCAACUGGAAACAAUGUGUGUGGUGCUAAGAAAGUACAUUCUUUUUUGAAUUUCCCUAUAAUUUGGUUCUUUUUAAAUGAAAAAAGGAAAACCAUCAUGCGUGAUAAAACGAUUCCUGGCCAUAUGGAUAAGGACAACACAAAUUUAAGGUAUCUCAGAGUUUUUAAACAUUUGGAAGUAAUCUUGACUGGAGUUGUUAGUAUCAAUCACAAUCAUUACACAGGGUUGCUCGCCUUAACUACAAUAUGUUUGGUUUGUUUGAUUUUAUUCCAGGACUGUGUGUUUAACAAGCUGCAGUCUAGUUCAGCGCUCAGAGUCUUAUUCCUGGAAAACAUGGGGGUCUAUGGAAGUAAUUCUAAGUGUGAUCGCUGGUAUUUGAAGUUCAAUGGAAAUGAAUGCAGUGGACCAAUGGCGAUUGAGGCUGCUGUUUACAACAACUGGCCAUCUGGGACCCCUACUCUGCUGCACCAACGGUCAUUUGAGGGGUACUGUGAAAACGUCCCACAAGGUGCAGUUAGGGUGGAUUUAUGGGUAGGAAAGUGUAGUGGCCAAAGCUUGGGUAAUGCUAACACUGGGUGGGGCUCAGUGUCCCGGAUAAUAAUUGAAGAAGUAUCUAGGCCCCAGUCCUAA